AUGAAGGUAGGCCAGCUUAAGUAUAUUGAUAGCAUGCAGUUCAUAAAUACUAGUCUAGCCAAUCUUACAAAGAAUUUGGGUGAUAACCAUCCAAUAACAACUCAACACUUCAAAGAUUUUUCCCCUGAACAAAUUUCUCUAGUAUGUCGUAAGGGAGUUUACCCCUAUGAGUAUAUUGAUUCUCAUGAUAGAUUCUUAGAAACAGAACUUCCUCCUAUUCAUGAAUUUUAUGGUCAACUUA